UUCCAUUCAUCGCUCGCUGAGAGAGAGAGAGAGAGAGAGAGAGAGAUCACAGGCACAAUGGUGAACGUCCCGAAGACAAAGAAAACUUAUUGCAAGAACAAGGAAUGCAGGAAGCACACGCUGCAUAAGGUUACCCAGUACAAGAAGGGCAAGGAUAGCCUUUCUGUACAAGGAAAACGCCGGUAUGAUCGUAAGCAGUCCGGCUACGGUGGACAGACAAAGCCUGUUUUCCACAAGAAGGCUAAAACAACAAAGAAAAUUGUGUUGAAGUUGCAAUGCCAAAGCUGCAAGCAUAUUUCGCAGCAUCCUAUAAAGAGAUGCAAGCAUUUUGAAAUUGGUGGAGAUAAGAAGGGAAAGGGUACAUCCCUCUUCUAGUCGCCAUCUUUCACUGGGAAGUGAAUAUGAACCUUAUGAAUGUCAUCAAUUUAAUCUUGAUUUCUGUUAAACUCUAUACAUUAGACUUGUAUUGAUGAUUUUGUUUCUCA